CUCUAAGAAGUGUCAAUUAUGCAUUUUUAAAAGAACUUACUUCAUAGGACUAGUAUACAAAUGCAUACAUUUCAAGAUGACAUCUAAGAAUUUAGAAAAUUGAAACAUUUCCAAAUUAUUGAUGUAAACAGUACAACUAGUAUUGAGGAUGAAGUAUACAUAAUUGACUGAUCAGUAAAUCAUAGAAUGACACAAGUUCUUUUCUGCCUGUUAUUCUCAUUAGUUGUGUUGGAAGUAGGAGAUGCCUUAGAUAAUGGUCUAGCUCUAACACCACCCAUGGGAUGGAUGCACUGGGAAAGAUUCAGAUGUAUAACAGAUUGUAAAACAGAUCCUAAGAAUUGUCUCAGUGAAAACUUGAUAAUGAGACAAGCUGAUAGAAUGGCAUCUGAUGGUUAUUGUGAUGCUGGUUAUAUUUAUCUCUCCAUUGAUGACUGUUGGAUGGCUAAGGAGCGUGAUUCAAAUGGAAGGUUACAAGCAGAUCCCAUUAGGUUUCCAAGAGGAAUUAAGUUUUUGGCUGAUUAUCUUCACAAUAAAGGUUUAAAGCUUGGUAUAUAUGAAGAUUUUGGUACAAGGACCUGUAUGGGAUACCCUGGAAGUGAGUUCUACUUACAACUGGAUGCAGAAACAUUUGCCAGCUGGGGAGUUGAUCUUUUGAAGCUUGAUGGCUGUAAUGCUGACAGGAAAGAUAUGAAAGAUGGUUAUGAAGCAAUGGGAUUUUUCCUGAACAAGACAGGUCAUCCUAUUUUAUAUUUAUGUAGCUGGGCAGCAUAUGUUUCUCCAUACAAAGAUCUGACUGAUUAUCCAGCAUUUAAGAAGUAUUGCAACCAGUGGCGUAACUAUAGAGAUAUACAAGACUCAUGGGAUGUUAUGUAUGACAUCAUAGAUUACUAUGGCAACAAUACUUACAAUUUGUCAGCCUAUGCAGGAUCUGGACAUUGGAAUGACCCUGAUGAGCUAAUAAUAGGUGGAUAUGGCUUGAGUUUUAAUCAAGAGAAAUUACACAUGGGAAUGUGGGCUAUGAUGGCAUCUCCUCUAUUUAUGUCUGUUGAUUUGGAAACCAUUCGACCCUCAUCUAAAGGAUUACUAUUGAAUAAAAUGCUAUUAGAGAUCAAUCAGGACCCUCUUGGAGUUCAAGGUCAGAGAAUAUGGAAGUUUAGACAGUUUGAAAUUUGGCAGCGUCCUCUACAUAAAGCACACUCCUAUGCUAUAGCUGUUAUAAACAGUGACAAUGAAGGUGUACCAAGGACAAUAAAGUUGUCAUUAUCUGAGUUUGGUGUGAAUGGUGCCCCGGCCUUCAAUGUUACUGAUGUAUUUGAUGGUACCAGCCAUGGUGUGGCACAUGUAAAUGAUUCAUUUAUAUAUGAAGUGAAUCCAACAGGGAUAUAUAUGGUUAGACUGGAUCCAGUCAUGUCAUGGAAAAGAUGAAAAGAAAAGAAAAUAUGUAAUGAAUGUGUGGUGUAAAGAGAUUAACUUUAAUUUUAUGUUAGAAACUGUUGAGGGUUAAAUGUUUCAGGUAUUGUUUUGUUGUAUUGCAUGUGACGAAAGUCCCAGAAUGCGAUACGUAGGGAUUACUAUUUGCUGGUGGGGGUGGUGGCAAAAACUGUUUGUAUAAAGCUUUAUAUUUCAGAAGGUAGAAGACCUUGAUGCUUCGUACCUUUAUACAGAUGCCUCAUAUUACAAUGUUUCUUCCUGUCAUAUUUCCAUUGUCCUUGAUCUCAUUUUCAUGGUUCAGAGACUGCUUGAAAAAAAAUUACAUUUUUUUGUCAUGCAAAAUACUCACUUAUUAUGAGUAAUAGGAUAACUAGAUUUGGUAUAUGGUUCCUUGCAAAGUUAAAAUGACCUUCAGAAAGGGUUCACCAGACCUCGACCUCAUUUCAUGGAUUACUGUAAAUUCAGAAAU